AAGCUCCCAACUGCCCGCUCUGCUCAGCUCGCUCGGCCCGCCCGCCCGCGCCCACCAUGGCCACCAUUCAGCAGCUGGUAGGAAGAUGGCGCUUAGUGGAGAGCAAAGGCUUUGACGAAUACAUGAAGGAAGUAGGAGUGGGAAUGGCUCUGCGAAAAGUGGGUGCAAUGGCCAAACCAGAUUGUAUCAUCUCUUCUGAUGGCAAAAACCUCACCAUAAAAACUGAGAGCACUUUGAAAACAACCCAGUUUUCAUGUAACCUGGGAGAGAAGUUUGAAGAAACUACAGCUGAUGGCAGAAAAACUCAGACGGUCUGCAACUUCACAGACGGCGCAUUGGUUCAACAUCAGGAAUGGGAUGGGAAGGAAAGCACAAUCACAAGAAAAUUGGAAAAUGGGAAAUUAGUGGUGGAAUGUGUCAUGAACAAUGUCACCUGUACUCGGGUCUAUGAAAAAGUAGAGUAAAAAUUCCAUCAUCAUUUUGGAUAGGAAUUAGCUGUGAGGAUGAACAAGCUCAGUUCAAUGAGCAAAUCUCCAUACUGCUUUUUUUUUUUUUU